ACCCAAAACACUAUAAAUACUCUUCAGAGCUUCUUGACCCCAAUGACUGGUUUGGGCAACACAAAGACAACAACAAUGAUAGCUUUGCUGCUGCUGGCGUUGGUCGCUCACUCAUCUGCUCUGCCUGUGCCGUCGGGGGACAAAGACAACCGGCUUUUAGCAGAGAAAUACCUUCGUCGCUUCUAUGGAUUUCCGGCUGGUCUUCAAGGUAAACAGCAGGCAUCAGGCGUCUUUGAGACCAAGAUCAAGGAAAUGCAGAAAUUCUUCAAACUUGAGGUGACAGGGAAUCUGGAUGACAACACUCUGGAGCUGAUGAAGCUGGCCAGAUGUGGUGUCCCAGAUAUUGGGGAGUAUAACCACUUCCCUCGACACCUCAAAUGGCAAAAUAACAAUGUCACAUUUAGGAUUUUGAAUUAUACACCUGAUCUUAAGAAGUCUGAUGUGGACAGAGCGAUCCGCAGUGCACUGAAUGUUUGGUCUGAUGUCACCCCUCUGACCUUUAAGAAACUGCACAAGGGCAAUGCAGACAUUAUGAUCAGCUUUGGAUCAAAAGAGCAUGGAGAUUACAACCCUUUCGAUGGGCCUAACGGUCUGCUGGCUCAUGCCUACCCACCAGGCCAAGGCAUCGGUGGAGACACUCACUUUGAUGAGGAUGAACACUGGACCAAAGAUUCAUCUGCUUACAAUCUGUUCGUAGUGGCAGCCCAUGAGCUGGGCCACGCCCUUGGGAUGUCCCACUCCACAGACGUGGGUGCCCUGAUGUACCCCAUUUACUCAUACACCACAGGCUACCCACUGUCUGAGGACGACAUCGAGGGCAUUCAGGCUCUCUACGGUCCAAAUCCAAACUCAAAGAAAGUGAAGCCAAGGCCUGACGCACCCAACAAAUGUGACCCCACGUUGAGUUUCGAUGCUGCCACAGAACUCAGAGGGGAGACUAUCAUCUUCAAAGACAGAUUCUACUGGCGUCUCCAUCCUCAGAUGCCAGAGCCUGAACAGACACUGAUCAAGUCCACAUGGCCCUCAAUCCCCAAUAGGGUGGACGCAGCUUAUGAGAACCCAGAGAAGGACAGAGUCAUCAUAUUCAGUGGGAUCCGAAUGUGGGCUUUGAAUGGGUAUGACCUUGUGGAUGGUUACCCCAAGUACAUACACAAACUCGGCCUUCCCAAGACCAUAAGGAAAAUAGAUGCAGCUGUGUACAUCAGAGACACAGGCAAAACUCUGCUCUUUACCGAUGAGGACUAUUGGAGCUAUGAUGAAGCGACAGGCACCAUGGACAAAGGCUACCCACGAUCCAUUGAGGAUGAUUUUCCUGGAAUGGAUGAUGAGGUCGACGCUGCUGUUUAUCAUUACGGAUACCUUUAUUUCUUCCAUGAACACAUGCAGUAUGAAUACAGUUACAACUCAAGGAAGGUCAUACGCAUCAUGAGGACCAACUCCAUCCUCAACUGCUGAUGAGGUGGUCUGCAACUGUCAACCAAGGCUUAGAAAUAUGUAUAAAUACAGCAGGUAAUAUAGCAGAUGACAACAAAUUAAAUAUACACAAACAUACUUGAUGAGCAGGGAAAUGGCGGGGGAAGAGACAACAUAAGAAAAAUGUUUAUUUUUACUAGUGCUGGACACAUGUAGGUCAUGUUAUUUGUCAGACACAGAAUGCUGGAAAAUUCCUCGUUUAUAUAUUUCCUUAGAUGAUUGCUAUUUAUUUUACAACUCUAUAUUUGCACAACAUGUUUCACUAUGGACAGCAAGAUCCUUAGCAGAUUAAGUUUCUUGCCAGAGACAGUUGGCUUAGCUGGUCUGUGAGCUCAUGAUUUGACUUCUUGACCUUUUACACUAAUAUAUUAGUAUUUCAGCAAGGAGCUUAGCAGUUUAAUAUCUACCGUAUUUGUCUUUAGAUUUUUGUCUGUUUUGUGAAUUACCAUCAACAAAGGUAGAGUGGAAAGUAAAGCUGUAUUAACGAUGUUAGUGUUCAAGAUCUGUUAAUUUACUAUCCUAAACACUAGGCUGUAUGCAAUAUUUUUGUGCAUACAUCAAACAUUACAGUCACAUGUAUACCCAACAAAUCCACUUAUUUAAACCAUUUUUUAAAACAAACUGCUUUUCAUCUGAUGUCAUUCUAGCACUGAAACAUUUCUGUGAAUUUUACUGUCAGUAUUUUCAAGUGUUUUCAAACGAUUUAUUCAAUUAAAAUAUGUGAAACUAA